AGGUGCCACCACUCCACAGAACUGCCUGAACAAGACAGAUUUGAAGAGCUCUUUUUGCCUUUAGAAGAAUAAACCCUCACCAAAAUGUCAAUGGGAAUGGAAAUAGUUGGCAUCGCACUGGGAGCCGUAGGCUUCAUUCUAGCUAUUGUGACUUGCGCCUUGCCAAUGUGGAGGGUGACUGCUUUUAUUGGCGCAAACAUCGUCACAUCGCAAACCAUCUGGGAAGGCCUCUGGAUGAACUGUGUGGUCCAAAGUACAGGUCAAAUGCAGUGUAAGGUGUACGACUCCUUACUGGCUUUACCUCAAGAACUGCAGGCCUCCCGAGCUAUGACUAUCAUUUCCAUCAUCUUGGGCAUCCUUGGUAUUAUGAUUUCAAUCGUGGGAGCCAAAUGCACCAACUGUAUCGAAGACGAAGCCUCCAAAGCCAAAGUCAUGAUCAUAGCUGGAAUUUUCUUCAUUUUGGGAGGACUUCUAGUGUUGAUUCCUGUGUCUUGGACGGCCAGUGUGACCAUCAGAGAUUUCUACAACCCGGUAUUGAUAAGUGCUCAGAAGAGGGAACUGGGAGCGUCGCUGUACAUCGGAUGGGGUGCCGCUGCCUUGAUGUUACUAGGAGGAGCCAUGUUGUGCACCAGCUGUCCACCAAAAGAGCAGAAGUACAAGCCCCCCAGGAUGGCCUACUCUGCCCCCCGAAGUAGCGGAGGGUACGACCGCAAAGAUUAUGUCUAAACCAAUGAGUGUUAUGUUAAUUUUCCUUCAUUAUUUGCACACAUUUGUUUCUUUCGUCUUUUUAUUUUUAUGUUAAAUAAUGCUGUUGAAAGGGGGAAAGCCCCAAAAGAGACUCCGAUUUGAAGGGACCUUUGUAAAUAGUGAAUGUUUUUGUUUCAAAUAUAACAUAUCAAGCCGUUUUUAUAUUGAUCCACCUUGUCCAACAAAAAUUUUGCUUUUUUAAUUUGUGGUUCUUACCUGGUGGUUCAGGACCAAAAGUGGUUCAAAGAGAACAGGAAAUUGUAUAACAGAACAAAUGUGGGCCAUAAAUGUAUGCAAAUAAUUGAAAUUCUAAUAUUGUUAUUGAUAUGUUCAACUCUUUCUACUUUGCGUGACAUCUGUACCCUUGAAUUCAUCAAAAGGCCCUGAAUUGUCUGUAACAUCCACACCAGCUGAAACCCAUUGCUUUAAGACUAUAAUGUACAGGCUCAGAGUCACCUCUAUUCAAAAACCACCUGUCGCUAUAAUUAGCUUUUAGCUGAACGGUGUCAGCUUUCACUGAAACUGUACAUUAAAUUCAGCCCAGUAUCUCUGACCAGGAAGUACCGUCUCUCAGUUUACAUGGAUUUGUUUGCCCGAUUGUUUGAAUGUGCGUGUGUGUGCAUGUGUGUGUGUGUGCGCGUGGGUGUGGGGGUGGGUGUGUGUGUGUGUGUGUGUGAGUGUGAAUUUGCGUAUUAUUUGCUUAGUAAGUUUCAACAAGGACUGAAACUGUAGAUGCUUGCCUCAGGUGACAUCUUUGUCCCUUUAAUAUCAGAUUUUGAGCUCAUCGGAGAAAGCAGGUUAUGAAUUACACGUUUUUUU